AUGCCUAGUGAAUUGCGUGAGCUAAUCAAGCAGGAGCGAAACCUGCGAAGAACACUAGACUCGGUGCGUCAGUUUGCUUCAAGUGGAAGCAAUAACAGUGAACUGAUAAGUGUGCGUUUAGAACUCCUUGAAGACACGUUUACACAGUUUAAAAAAGUGAGAACGGAAAUUGAACUGCAAACUGACCACUUGAGCAACACCACAGACGAGUUUAGUGAUCAAGAGGCAUUGGAUCAAGCAAGGGAGGACGAGAAUGUAGGCAUCCUGGUGGAAUUCGAGGAGGACUACUGUGUGGUUAAAAGUGAACUCCGGCGCCAGCUGUCAGCGAUUCGGGAAUCAACCAACGCAACUCCAGCUCCAAGUGCAACCGCAUCAUCAGGUCCUCCCUCAACUCUGGCAAGAGUGAAGUUGCCGGAAAUCAAGCUGCCGAUUUUCAGCGGGAAGUCCAAGGAAUGGGUCACCUUUAGAGAUUCCUUUAAGAGCCUGAUCCACUCCAGCAAUCAACUUAAUGAUACCGACAAGUUUUGCUACCUUCGUUCGGCCGUGACAGGUGAAGCUCUACAAGCGAUUGCUUCAGUGGACAUAUCAGCCGCUAACUACAAUAUCGCUUGGUCAAUCCUGGAAAAGCGAUACGAGAACCGGAAGCUGCUGGUGAAAUCCUACUUGGACUCACUGUUUUCCAUUGAGCCGAUGAGGAAGGAGAGCUACGAUUCUCUCAACAAAUUACUCAGCGAAUUCGAGCGGAACCUCCAGAUGCUGCAAAAAGUAGGCGAGAACCCAGACCAGUGGAGCACGCUCCUGGUUCACAUGCUGUGUUCUCGCCUGGAUCAAUCCACCCUGCGCCAUUGGGAAACCCAUCACAGUUCCAAAGAGGUUCCGCUAUACGACGACCUGAUGUGUUUCCUGCGUAAUCAUUGUUCGGUGUUGGAGUCCAUCGCUCAUCGGAGACCAGAGCGACUAGAAAACAGUGAGAAAAGUGUCAAGUUCGGUGUAAGCAACCCAGCAGUUCCAUCCCAAGUGAAGUGUCCGUUUUGUGGUGAUGUGUUUCACAUAGCUUUCCGGUGCACUAAAUUCCUUAAACAAACUGUCGGUGAAAGAAGUGAAUCAGUGAAGCGAGCUAGAUUGUGCUACAAUUGUCUGUCCUCCGGUCAUCUAGCUCGUGAUUGUGUGAAAGGUUCCUGUCACCAUUGCGGAAUGCUUCAUCACUCGCUUUUACACCCCAGAUCCUCCGUCUCGCAGCAAUCAACUCGCCCUACACCUUCAGUGUCUCAGCCUCGUCGUCAGUUUUCAUCAUCAUCACACACCCCACCGAUAUCCAACCAGCCAACCCAUAGCCACCCUCCCAACACUCAACCCUCAACCUCGUAUCCAGUUUCACAGCCCAUUCUCACCACAGACCCUCAGCAAACCAUAGCACUUCCCUCCCACACACCGAACCUCACGAAACAAGUCCUGUUGUCCACAGCCAUCAUUCGCAUCCAGGAUUCUCUUGGCAAUACUCGACUAGCUCGAGCCUUGCUCGACUCGUGCUCCCAGUUUUGCUUCAUGACCACUCGCUUCAGCCAACAACUAAAACUGCGACAUGUUCCGGAAAACCUCACCGUUCAAGGCAUCGGUGGAUCACGAGCUGUGUCACGCAAACUGGUUGUAGCUUCCGUUCGUGCUCGGACCUCGUACAUCUCAGCUUUCAGCAGAGCAAUGAGCUUCUUUAUUUUGCCUGAGCUGACAGCCACACUUCCCGCAAAACGAGUCGAGUACGAGAGUUGGCGUUUACCCCACGAUGUUCAGCUUGCUGAUCCCAGCUUUUCGGAACCAGGAGAGAUCGACAUCAUUAUUGGCGCCGAGCACUUCUUUGAUCUGCUUCUGGAAGGCAGAUUCAAGCUGACGAAUGAUGGCCCAAGCCUUCAAAACUUAGCUGAAAUUCAGGAGCAGCUCACUAAAUUCUGGGAACUGGAAUCGUGUAAGUCAGCAAGUACCCAAUCCGUGGAAGAGUCAACUUGUGAAGAGCUUUUCGCUGAAACCACCACCCGUGACUGCGACGGAAAAUUUGUUGUUUCUUUGCCGAAACGUGAUCACGUAAUUCGGCAACUGGGGGAGUCUCGUAACGCAGCACUGAGGCGAUUUUUCAGCGUAGAGAAGCAGUUUGAGUCCAACAGCGAAAAGAAGUCAGCGUACACAUCAUUUAUGGAGGAAUACAUCAGUCUCGGUCACAUGCGUGAAGUUCCUAACCCUGAUGAAGCAUUACCGGUCUACUAUCUUCCACAUCAUGCGGUCUACAAGCCUGACAGUUCUACCACAAAACUUCGCGUCGUCUUCGAUGCCUCCUGUAAGACUACCACCGGAGUCUUACUCAACGACGGUCUAUUGGUGGGACCCGUAGUUCAAGAAGAUUUGUUGUCCAUCGUCCUUCGGUUCCGGUUGCAUCGAGUCGCCGUUGUUGCUGAUGUGGAGAAAAUGUACCGCAUGGUCAAGGUACAAGCCGAAGAUCAACGUCUCCAGCGUAUUCUGUGGAGAGAAUCUCCAGAAAUUCCGAUCCGUACUUACGAGCUCGUCACUGUUACUUAUGGUACAGCAUGCGCACCGUAUCUGGCAACCAAGUGCCUUCAGCAGUUAGCAGACAGUGGAAAGGAAUCGUAUCCCGAAGCAGCAAGGAGUCUACAAUACGAUACGUACGUCGAUGAUUCUCUCACUGGAGCGAAUUCAGUCGACAGUGCGAUAAAGUUAGCGAAGGAGAUGAUUGAAUUAGCAGCAGCAGGUGGUUUUUUGUUGAGAAAGUUCAACUCAAAUUCAGCCGACGUACUGUCUGCAUUACCAGAUCAUCUUAUAGACGAGCGCGCUUCCUUGAACUUGGAUUCUUCGACUGCAGCUGUGAAGACGCUGGGUUUAGUGUGGAAACCUGCUACCGAUUGUUUCGUUUACGACUGUCCAGUUUGGAGCGACAAGGCCAAGAUCACCAAAAGAGUUGUACUUGCAGAGACAGCACGCCUCUUCGACCCGAUUGGACUUGUGGGCCCCGUUGUUGUCAUCGCGAAGAUAUUUCUGCAAGAUCUUUGGAAACCCCAGUGUGGAUGGGACGAUUCGCUUCCAGAGGAGAUGCAGAACUUUUGGCAGGAGUAUCGGAUGAACCUGAAAGCCCUAUCUUCACUCUCGGUUCCACGUUGGUUGACCUUUCAUUCCGAAGCAUCAUUUGUCGAGAUACACGGUUUCUGUGACGCAUCCGAAAAGGCUUACGGAGCCUGUGUUUAUCUUCGUUGUACAGCAGAAAAUGGUGAAGUUACCGUCCGUUUGAUAACCGCAAAAUCCAGAGUAGCACCUUUAGACGACCUGAAGAGGAAGAAGAAGAAGCAGACAAUCCCGCGCCUCGAGCUUUCAUCUGCUCUUCUCUUGGCUCACCUGUACGAUAAAGUGAAGCGUAGUUUAAGAAUUGCGCAUUCUGCAGAAUUUUGGACCGAUUCCACCAUUGUAAUCUGUUGGUUGUCGUCUUUACCGUCCCGUUGGCAAGCUUUCGUUUCAAACCGUGUCUCCGAGAUCCAACAUACCACUAAAGGCUGCCAGUGGCACCACGUUGCAGGAGUGGAAAAUCCAGCGGACAUCAUAUCGAGAGGCAUGAUUCCAGCACAGCUUCAGUAUCAAACGAUGUGGUUUGAGGGUCCACUUUGGCUGCGACAAGACCGCAGCACCUGGCCAGCUUCAAGCAAUCCAGAACAAGUUGAACAGUCGUUACUUGAAGAGCGGAAAGUAUGUUCGUUUCCUGUCACACCCGUGACUAGUGAAAUCUUCGGUUGGCGUGAGAGGUUUUUGGAUCUGAUUCAUCUUGUUGCGUGGAUGCUCCGAUUUGCGCACAAUUCCAGUUUGAGAAUCCCACACCAACGAGCUUCCGGAGGUUUAACGUACGCAGAGCAGUAUGCAGCCGUACUUCACGUCGUUCGUGUAGCACAACAGGAAAGUUUCCCAGCCGAAUUCGACGCUCUCCAGAGAGGGCGACCACUGAAGGCGUCAUCCCCAAUCCUUUCUAUAAAUCCCGUGUUUGGCGAUGGUAUAAUUCGCGUUGGCGGCCGGCUAGCUCACGCACCGAUUAGCGAAGACAGAAAGCAUCCGAUGAUCCUGUGCAGUAAACAUCCCUUGGCGAAAAUGAUAAUCGAGCACUACCACCACUGUUUCUUCCAUGCCGGUGCUCAACUUCUUGUUUCUUCCGUCCGCGGGAGAUUUUGGAUCACCAAGAUCAGAUCGUUAGUCAACACAGUUCUGCACGAAUGUGUGCAGUGUUUUCGUAACAAACCAAGUGUAGCAGAGCAGCUUAUGGGCGACCUGCCAGCAGAGCGUGUUUCGCCAUCGAAUCCAUUCGAGAACGUUGGAGUAGAUUAUUGUGGACCUUUCCUAGUAAAAUAUCCUUCAAGUCGUCGAAUCCAACCCCGCAAAAUUUUCGUUGCUAUCUUCGUUUGUUUGGCUACAAAGGCAGUCCAUAUAGAGCUGGUCACGGACCUAACCAGUGAUUCAUUCAUCGCAGCGUUUAAACGAUUUGUUGGUCGUCGUGGGAAACCUCGAGUUGUGAUGUGUGACAAUUCGACAACUUUCGUUGGUGCUCGCCGAGAAUUGGAUGAACUCCGUCAGCUUUUUCGAAACGAACAGUUCCAGAGACAUGUCGUCCAUUCGGCAGUAGACGACGAAACCGAAUUCAAAUUCAUCCCCCCCAGAACGCCUAACUUUGGUGGACUGUGGGAAGCCGCUGUUAAGUCAUUCAAAACGCACCUGAAGAGGACGAUAGGAUGCACCAUUCUCCGUUUUGAUGAAAUGAACACCAUCUCGAUUCAAAUUGAUGCUAUUCUCAACUCCCGUCCGUUGACACCAAUGACUAACGAUCCUGCAGAUUACGAAGCCAUCACACCUGGUCACUUUCUGAUCCACCGACCGUUAACAGCCGUGCCGGAGCCUUCCAAGGAACAUAUUCCAGAGAACCAUCUUUCGAGAUGGCAAAGAACCGAAGUCUUUUAUGAACGCAUUUGGAAGCGCUGGUCCUCCCAAUAUCUGUCGGAUUUACACAACCGCACCAAGUGGACUAGGAAACGAAACAACAUAGCCGUUGGAACCAUGGUGCUCCUCAAGGAGGACAACCUUCCCCCGUUGCAGUGGGCUCUCGGUCGUGUGACGAAAAUCUACCCCGGUCCCGAUGGCAACAUCCGAGUCGUCGACGUCAAAACCAAGGAUAGCCAGUUCCAGCGAGGAAUCCAGAAGAUUUGUGUUCUUCCCAUCAAGGACAACAUUGAUGAUCCCGUCCAGCAGGAGAACUAA